AAUUUGUACUCUUCAAGAACUUGGCCUAGCUUAACGAUUAAUUUUCCUUUGAAUAGCCAGUUUUUUCGUUGCACUUUAUAUCAAGCGAGACCUGCCUUGGAGUUGGGUGUAUCUUACAGCCUGAAAAUCGUAAAGGGUUUUAAACGAUGAAGUACUGCAAUAUUGCUUUAUGCACUUUCAUUAUAUGUUUUUCAGGAAAUGUCUUUGCUCAGAAGUUCGAUCCACCAUUAGAAAAAGUAUUGAAAGAACAGCUUAAUUUAACUCCAGAACAAUUUAAAGCAAAAUGUGUUGAACAAGAUAGUUCAAUAUCUCAAAAAUUCCAUAAAUCGCGUAUUUCAGCUGCUGAAAUUGCAAAUGACUUGGCAGAUGAUGUAGUAGGCCGAGCAAAAAAAUUGAGAAAAGUUAAUGAAGAAAAAUGGAAUUCGCUUAUUAAAGAUCGUUGCCUUACAAACGUUGUUCUUUAUUAUCUCACUGAAUCAAGCGUUGAUAAUAUAGUUAAUCAAUGUUUUGAUGAAAAAAAUCGUUUAAAGGGUGUUACGAAGACCGACUUCACGAACGCACUUUUCACAGAAUAUUGUGAAUCAGUAUCAAAAUUGGCUAAGGAAAAGUAUUUAGAAAGCAAGAACUAAAAAGAGGAUUAUUAUAAGAAACAUGACAUUGAAACUUUUGUUCCUCGGAGGAUGGAACAUAAUUAAGCACAUAUAAAAAUAAGUUACAGAAGACACCUAUGUAAAAUUAUAAUGUAUAUGUUCUUUUGCAACAAAAUAAUGAUCAUAAGUAAAUUUUCUUAAA